AUGAAGAGAGUAUUGAAAACUCUAAAUGGGGUCCAAAGUAGCUUAUUACUUUGGGGUGACCCCUUUAAUAAGGAUGUAGAUGAAUGUAUUAUUUGUGUAACUGGUAAUCCUGGGUUAGUCGAUUUUUACUCAGAAUUUGGUCAAGAACUGCAUAAAAACCUAACAAUGCCAGUUUGUGUAAUCGGACAAGCAGGUCAUGAAGAGAUUUCAGUUGAAACAUCUGAGACUUUAACAAGUGACAGCAAUUCUUUUAAUCUUAAUGGUCAAAUUGCACAUAAACACGAACUCAUAUCAAACUACAUAAGUAAGAAGAGUAAAUUGCAUUUAAUUGGACAUUCCAUUGGUUGCUGGCAGAUAAUAGAGUUAAUAGACAGGAAUCCUGAACUAGUUUCAAGGGUUUCAUCAAUUAACUUAUUAUUUCCUACUUUACAAAAAAUGGCAGAAAGUCCAAAUGGAAGAUUCCUUAAUUUGUUCUUAAGAAGAAUAUAUUGUCUACUCUUAAUAUUUCUUAAGCUGUUAAGAAUACUUCCAUAUUGGAUAAAUAGGUACUUGAUAUAUUUAUACUUGUCAUGGCAUUCCUUACCACCCCACUACUCUGAACGGAUAGCAAAAGUCAUAGAGCCCAAUGUUAUGGAAAAAGUUUUAAUUUUAGCUUUUGAUGAAAUGGAUACUGUUACUAAUCUAAAUAAAGAUGCAAUUAAUAACAUAAAACAUUUAACAAAUGUUAUAUACAGUAAAACAGAUAAUUGGGCUCCCUUAGCAUACAUAAAUGAUUUAAAAAUUUAUGAGCCAGAAAUAUGUUUAAUCGAAAUGAAAGUCAGUCAUGCAUUUGUUUUAAAAUCCUCAGAGCUUGUUGCUGAGAAGGCUGCAACAUUUAUCAAAGAUAAACGUAAAUCAGUUGAGAGUAUGGUGACAAAUUGA